AUGAAGCGGAUCCCGCGGGACGCGGGUUCCAAGGUGGCAGAGACGAUGAGGUCGGAGAUCAUCGACAUGUCCGUGUACAACGGGACCGAGAAGCAGGUCAUGCUCGGUGCCCUGGCCACUUUAGGCAAGCCGCGUUCCGUGUUCGCUUCCGAAGUGACAAUGGUGCCGGGAAACGUUCGAUGGGCAGGGGGAUCGGGACUCUGGCAGUUGGCAUCCACGUAUUUCGGGCUGCCGAUCUCCACCACCCACGGGGUGGUGGGGGCCAUCGUCGGAUUCACACUCGUCGCCAAAGGUUCUCUGGGUGUCCGAUGGAUCGGCAUCGCUCGAAUCGGGAAACCCUUUGCGGAGCAGACAAGAUGGUUCGGUCACAACAACAUGAUGAGAAUGAGUCUCCCGAAUCCAAACCAACUACUGCAGCGGAUGGGGGAAAACUUUGGAGCCAUGGCAACCUCGUUCCAGAAGGGAAUCUCCGGACUCUUUGGGAACGGAAACAACAAUCAGGUCUCCGCCAGGAUCGAAGAGGAGAAGGACGUAAGGUAUAGUAGCCGUGACGACGGAAGACGACAGAGAAACGACCGAAGUAGAGAAGAUCGAAAUGAAUGGCAGCAACAAGGCCAGAUGACUCAGGCACAGAGUACGGAAAACCAAGCCCAGAAAACGAGAGAACAAAGUAAUAGAUACGAUCCGAACAGGAGCAAUUCUGACACCAACGCGCAUGCGAAUCGAGAGAAGAAUGAAGGUGCGGAGCCUAGGGACGGCAUGGGGACUCCGAGAUUGAGCUUGGAAGAGCUGCAGAGGUGGUUUCAGGCGAACACGAGGAAUUGGGGACAGAUGUGGAAUCAACAAAGGAACCGAUGGAAUCAGCAAGACUGGUGGUACGACGGUAGCGAGACGGAAAAUCGAAACGAAAGGAAUACAGCCAGAGGGCAGGGACGAAGGCAGAAUGGGAGGAAGGGCAACAGAGACAACUAUGACUGGUACGAGUACGACUACGGUGAGGCUACCGGUUCCAGGAACGAACGGAGGAACGGGGAUUCCUGGUUCUAUGGCACCGACUCGGAAGGAAGAACGACUAGGGGUAUGGGAUCCAGAUCGGCUCAGAUCACGGAUUCCAAUUUGGCCAAGACCAUCUUGGAGCUGCUGCAAGGAAUGGCCAAAGCCAUCGGACAGCAGUUCCCAAAAUGGAUUUCCUAAACAGCAACAAUGGCCGCCGUGCAUGCACAUCCGAUUUCUGGAUAAAUCAAAUUGCGAAAUUAGA